GGGGCGCUGUAAUGUACGCUUCAGCACCUUCUUCUGUCUGAAGUUCGGUGGUGUCCCCCUCAUCAGGUCUUUCUGCGCGCUGAGGAACCGGGAGGAUGCCGUCUGUGGAAUACGACGAUUCCAAGCCUAGCUGGGCCGACCAGGUUGAGGAGGAGGGCGAUGAAGGCACCCUUCCCUCACCGAAAGAAACGAUUAAGGGAAAUAUCAAAACCGUCACAGAAUAUAAGAUUGAUGAAGAUGGGAAGAAGUUUAAAAUUGUCCGGACCUUUAAAAUCGAGAAGAUAAAGGCUUCAAAGGCUGUGGCCCGGCGAAAGAACUGGAAGAAGUUUGGCAACUCGGAGUUUGAUCCACCGGGCCCCAACGUGGCCACUACCACAGUCAGCGAUGAUGUUUUCAUGACCUUCAUCUCCAGCAAGGAGGACCUUAAUACCCAAGACCAAGAUGAGGACCCCAUGAACAAGCUAAAGGGGCAGAAAAUCGUGUCUUGCCGUAUCUGCAAAGGGGACCAUUGGACCACGCGGUGUCCCUAUAAGGACACACUGGGACCCAUGCAGAAGGAGCUUGCAGAGCAGCUGGGUCUGUCCACUGGCGACAAGGAGAAGACAUCCGAACCGGAGCCCGCGCAACCAGUGCAGAGCAAGACGGGGAAGUACGUCCCCCCCAGCCUGCGUGACGGAGGAACUCGUAGAGGGGAGUCCAUGCAGCCUAACCGCAGAGCUGAUGACAACGCCACGAUCCGUGUGACCAACCUGUCGGAGGACACGAGGGAGACGGACCUGCAGGAGCUCUUCCGGCCCUUCGGCUCCAUCUCUAGGAUCUAUUUGGCCAAGGACAAGAACACUGGGCAAUCCAAGGGUUUUGCAUUCAUCAGUUUCCAUCGACGCGAGGAUGCGGCCAGAGCUAUCGCUGGUGUGUCUGGUUUCGGCUAUGAUCACCUGAUCCUCAACGUGGAAUGGGCCAAGCCAUCAAACAACUGAGAACCCCAGACGGAUGAGACAUCACCACUAAGGUUCAUGAAGCCUGUUUUCAAAGGUUUUUUCAAUAUCUGGUUUUUGCUUUUGAAUGCGGGCAGCAAACUGUUUUGGUGUCUGAAGAAUAACAGCCAUGGAAAGAAUAUUUGUAUCUUGUAACAAGCAUAAAACUCACUUUGUGAAAUAAAUCUAUCAAUAAAGAAAAGUGUCUUUUGA